UUGUGUUGGAAUUGUUUCAGGGCUAGCGUUACCCCUGGCACAGUUUUGAUUCUUCUUGCCGGUAGAUUUAAGGGAAAGAGGGUAGUGUUUUUGAAGCAGCUUCCUUCCGGGUUGCUUCUUGUAACUGGUCCUUUUAAGAUCAACGGAGUUCCAUUGAGACGUGUGAACCAGUCAUAUGUUAUUGCCACAUCAACCAAAGUAGAUGUUUCUGCUGUUAACGUGGACAAAUUUGAUGACAAAUACUUUUCAAAGGAAUCCCAGAAAAAGAAGAAGAAGGGAGAGGGCGAGUUUUUUGAGGCUGAGAAGGAGGAAAAGAGUGUGUUGCCCCAGCAGAAGAAAGAUGACCAGAAAACUGUGGACUCUGCAUUGAUAAAAGGCAUAGAGAGUGUGCCGGACUUGAAAACUUAUCUGGGUGCCAGGUUUUCCUUAAAGGAUGGUGUGAAACCUCAUGAGCUAGUCUUUUAGAUGAAAUGGGGUGUUACUCUUCUAUUUCAUAGCCUUUUGUGUAUUGAUGUUUGGUUCUACUAAUCUGCAUUCACCAUAUUUUUUCAACAGACAAAUGAAGAGCUUAAAAUUGUUAGGCAACCAAUUUUGAGGCUGAUAUUUUUUUCUACAGUUUACCUCCUUUCUAUUGUAUGUGUUGACUGUAUGAGUUUUAAAUCUUAUAUUAUGAUGCUUUGAUCUUAGCAUGUCAAA